AUGGCCGCCGAACACGUCGUGCGCCGCGCGCCGCCGCCCGCCCGCCGCCGCGCACUGCUGCUGGGCGCCGUCGCGGGCGCGUUGUGGGCGCUGUGGGCGCAGUGGGCGGCCGCGCCCGAAGCGCCCGCCGAGGACUUCGUGGGCGUGGCGGCGCGAUACGGCUACCGCGCCGAGCGGCACACCGUCACCACGGAGGACGGCUACGUGCUCACCGUGUUCCGAAUUCCGCGCGGGCGGCGCUGCGCGAGCGGCGCCCGCGGCCCGCCCGUGCUGCUGCUCAACGGGCUGCUGCUGGACGCCGAGACGUGGCUGGCGGCCGGGCCCGGCGCCGCGCUGGGCUUCCUGCUGCCCGACGCGUGCCACGACACGUGGGCGGGCAGCGCGCGCGGCGGCACGCACGGGCGCGCGCACGUGCGCCUCGACCCGCGCCACGCCGCCUUCUGGCAGUUCUCCGCCGACGAGAUCGGGCGCUACGACGUGCCGGCCACCGUGGACUACGUGCUGAGCCGCGCGCGCGCGGCGCGCCUGCACCUGGUGGGCUACUCGCAGGGCGGCGGCGCGGCGCUCGUCAUGCUGGCCGAGCGGCCGCGGUACGCGCGCAAGGUGGGCGUGCUGGUGGCGGCCGCGCCCGUCGCCGCGCUGCGCCACAUCGCGUCGCCCUUCGGCACGCUGCUGAGCGCGGCGGCGCUGGCGGAGGGCGCGCUCGCGCUGCUGGGCGCCCACGAGCAGCUGGGCGCGGGCUCGUGGGCGCGGCGCCUGUGCGCGGCGCGGGCGCUGCGGCGCGGGCCGUGCGCCGCGCUGCUGGGAGCGCUGGACGCGCCGCACGCGGGCUCCGUGGCGCGCGAGACGUACGACGAGCUGUUCGCGCACUUCCCCGGCGGCGCGUCGCUGCGCACGCUGGCGCGCUACGGCCAGCACGUGGGCGCGGCGCGCUUCGCCAAGUACUCGGGCGGCGCGCGGGCCAACGCGCGGCGGUACGGCGGCGCGCGCGCGCCCGAGUACUCGCUGCGCGCGGUGGCGGCGCGCGUGGUGCUGCUGCAGGGCGCGGCGGACGCGCUGGUGGCGCCGGCGGACGCGCGCUGGCUGGCGCGCCGCCUGCCGCGCGCCGAGCUGCACGUCCUGCCGGACGCGCGCUGGAACCACCUGGACAUGCUGCUCAGCCGCCACACCAACCGCACGCUGUUUCCGCUGCUGGAGCGCGCGCUGCGCCGCCCGCCUGAUGCACCGCGCUCCCAGAGGGAUCACUUUCGACCGGGGCCCGGGGUCGACGCAUGGCGACAUCCUGCCGCGGGAGCCGCGACGCCGUCCGCCGAGAGCUCGGCGAGCGCGAGAAGCCGGUAA